CCGAAAUUCUCUUCAAUCCGCCCUGCGAUCUUCCCUCCCAUCCAUCCCAUCCCGUUCCUCGGCCAUCCCGAGUCUCACAUCACCCACGUUAAUUUUCGUCGAGUCCCUCCCCCCUCUCCUGUUCAUGUGAAAACGGUCGCCGCGAUGACGUCCCGAAAAACGCAGCAGGAGAUUGACAAGACCUUCAAGAAGGUCGCCGAAGGCAUCGUAACAUUCGAAGGCAUCUACGAGAAGAUCCGCUCGACGACGAAUCCCACUCAGCGGGAUAAGCUCGAGGAAAACCUGAAGCGCGAGAUUAAGAAGCUCCAACGGUAUCGAGAUCAGAUCAAGUCGUGGGCCUCUGGAAAUGAGGUGAAAGAUAAGGGUCCGCUGCUCGAGCAGCGCAGAGCCAUCGAGACCUGUAUGGAGCAGUUCAAGGCCGUCGAGAAGGAGAUGAAGACGAAAGCAUACUCCAAGGAGGGCCUGUCGGCAGCAUCGAGAUUGGAUCCCAAGGAGAAGGAGAAGGUGGAGACAUGCGACUUCUUAUCGAGCAUGGUCGACGAGCUACAACAACGGAUCGAGGCUAUGGAGGCAGAAGAGGAGACGUUACAUAUGCAGAUGAAGAAGGGGAAGAAGGACGUUGCCAAGGCGAAUCGGUUAUCGGAUAUCUCGCGGAUCACGGAGCGUCAUAAGUGGCACGUCAACAAGUUGGAACUGCUGUUACGGUCGCUGCAGAACGGCAACGUCGAGACGCAACAAGUCCUGGAUCUCAAGGAGAGUAUCAAGUACUAUGUGGAAGACGGGCACAACUUGGACUACUCGGGCGAAGACGAGACCCUAUACGAUGAUCUGAACAUGGACAACGAGGCGGAGAUGCAGUUCGGCAUCGCGGGCGACAACGACCGUGUAUCGUCGCAAGAUACCCAGUCAGUUCAAGAAGAGGAACCGGAGGUUGUCAAGCCGAAAGCGAAGCCCGAUACCUCGGGACCCCGACGACCUUCCGCGCAGAUGAAGUCCCCUCUUCCCGUGCUGGCCACUCUCCAUCCCGUAACGUCGACAAGUGCCACCUCCGGCAUGAAACCCGCCCCGCCUCCAACGCGCCUGCCGGGAGAGACACUCAAGUACGCCUCGGCGGCGGCUGCAGCUGCUGCCAGCGACAAGAACGGCGUGGGCAUCGCCCCUCUGCCGCCACCGCCAGGCGCCAGCCCCGCUUUCCCCCACGCCGUACCUGCAUCCAAACCCUCCACCUCCACAACCGCAUCCCCCAGCAUCGCUCCCGCACAACCCGCGGUGAAGUCAUCGUCAGGAGUCACGAUAGCGGGCGAGGAGUCGAGUAGUGGGAGCCGAUCCAAAACCCCUGCUGAGAGUCCGCACGUGGCCAGCGCAAGCACGUCGACGCGAGGUGUCCCGCAGACCCCCGCCAUGGAGAAGGUUGAGGCCUCGGGUAGCGGCAGCAGCACUAGCAACAACAUCACCACCACCACCAACAACAACAACAAAUCCCGACCCACGACGACGACGGCGAACACCACCAACGGCGAGUCAAGCGGCAAGGAGGACUCGUCGCGCGAGAGCGAGGAAUCCAUCUAUCACCUCCCGCCGGGCCUGCAGGAUCUGAUCCAGUCGUUCGAAGUGACCAAGAGCCGUGCCGCGGCCAGUGCGACCAACCCGUCCCCGUCGGUGCAGCGGUUGCUGGCGGCCUCGCUGGCCAAUUGCCCCGAGCCGGCCGACGCGGAGAAACCCCGUCACUACAAGCCGCAGAACCCGUACAACACCCCCCUCUACUACCCCCAGGAACCUCUCCCGAUCUUCGACGACCCGCGUCUGUACGAAACCGGUCGCAUCGACACGGAUACGCUGUUCUAUCUGUUCUACUACCGCCAGGGCUCGUACCAGCAGUACCUGGCCGCCAAGGCGCUGAAGAACCAGAGCUGGCGGUUCCACAAGCAAUACCAGACCUGGUUCCAGCGCCACGAAGAACCCAAAACCAUCACCGAGGAGUUCGAACAGGGAACGUAUCGUUUCUUCGACUACGAGAGCACCUGGAUGAACCGUCGUAAAGCGGACUUCAAGUUCGUCUACAAGUACCUUGAGGACGAACUAUAAAACAACCCACCCUCCACAACCAUCAACAUGCGAACCACAAUAAUUCGAGGCAAACUGACGAGAUGUUGUUUGUGUACUUGUGUUGAAUGUUUGUUUGAUUUGCUCCCCCAUGAUUUCACCAUUGUAGAUGAAGAAACCAGAACAGAGAGAAAUCAUAAGGAACAAAAAAAACAAAAGACUUUUUAUUUUCUUGCUCUUCCUGACAGCAGCCCAUCCGGUUGCAGGAGGUUACUAUACCUCGGUGCAAUGUUCUCGAAGUGACCGAUCUGUCUUGUUUCUGAUCUUAUCUGGGAUCUGUGUGGAUUUGCUUUUCUUUCUGUCUCUGCUGGGUUUGUUUGUUGUUGUUUUUCUCUUCCAAAGCAUGCAAAGGGACGAAGUCUU